UAUCACAAGUAUUUUUCAGCAGGACUGUCACUGCCCCUGAACAGGGAAUCAUAUUACUGCAAGAACUUUGCUGAAACAAAGAAGAUCUAUUGGACAAAUGGGAAAUUAUAAAUCUAGACCAACCCAGACUUGCACGGAUGAAUGGAAGAAGAAAGUCGGUGAAUCCUACGCCACAGUCACGGAGCGCUUGGAGGAUGACCUGCAAAUCAAGGAAAAGGAGCUGGCAGAGUUAAAGCAUGUUUUCAGCUCUGAUGAAGCCUUCUGCAAAGUCAACCUGAAUUACCGCACGGAGAACGGGCUCUCGCUGCUGCACCUGUGCUGCCUGUGUGGGGGCAACAAAUCACACAUCAGAACUCUCAUGCUGAAAGGGCUGCGCCCAUCCAGACUAACGAGAAAUGGAUUUACAGCUCUGCACUUGGCAGCUUAUAAGGACGAUGUGGAGCUGCUGACAGCGCUGCUGCACGGCGGGGCUGACAUCCAGCAGGUCGGGUACGGGGCGCUGACCGCCCUGCACGUCGCCACCAUCGCCGGCCACCACAAGGCUGUGGAUGUUCUCCUGCAGCACGGGGCCUUUGUGAACGUGCAGGACGCCGUGUUCUUCACCCCGCUGCACAUCGCUGCCUUCUGCGGCCACCAGCAGGUAACCCAUCUCUUACUGAAGUUUGGAGCCGAUGUGAAUGCGAGUGGCGAGGUUGGGGACAGACCUCUCCAUCUGGCUGCUGCCAAAGGCUUUCUCAACAUCACAAAGCUUUUGAUGGAAGAGGGAAGCAAAGCUGAUGUGAAUGCUCAGGACAACGAAGACCAUGUUCCUCUGCACUUCUGCUCUCGAUUUGGGCACCAUGACAUCGUGAAGUUCUUACUGCAGAGCAGCUUUGAAGUGCAGCCCCAUGUGGUGAAUAUCUAUGGAGACACACCUCUACACCUUGCCUGCUACAGCGGCAAGUUUGAAGUUGUCAAGGAAAUCAUUCAGCUCUCGGGAACAGAAAGUCUCACUAAAGAAAAUAUAUUCAGUGAAACAGCUUUCCACAGCGCUUGCACCUAUGGAAAGAACAUAGAACUUGUCAAGUUUCUUCUUGACCAGAAUGUUGUAAGCAUCAAUCAUCAGGGGAGAGAUGGGCACACAGGAUUGCACUGUGCUUGCUACCAUGGCCAUAUUCGCCUGGUGCAGUUCUUGCUGGAUAACGGAGCUGAUAUGAACCUUGUAGCUUGUGAUCCCAGCAGGUCCAGUGGAGAAAAGGAUGAGCAGACCUGCUUGAUGUGGGCUUAUGAGAAAGGUCAUGAUGCAAUUGUGACCCUCCUGAAGCAUUACAAGAGACCUCAGGAUGAAUCCCCCUGCAACGAAUACUCCCAGCCUGGAGGAGAUGGCUCCUAUGUGUCAGUGCCAUCCCCUCUAGGGAAGAUUAAAAGCAUGACAAAAGAAAAGGCUGAUGUCCUCCUCCUCCGGGCUGGUUUGCCAUCCCACUUCCACCUCCAGCUCUCUGAGAUAGAGUUCCAUGAGAUCAUCGGCUCAGGGUCUUUUGGAAAAGUCUAUAAGGGACGAUGUAGAAAUAAAAUUGUUGCCAUCAAACGUUACCGAGCCAACACCUACUGCUCCAAGUCGGAUGUGGACAUGUUCUGCCGUGAGGUUUCCAUCCUCUGCCAGCUGAACCAUCCCUGUGUCAUCCAGUUUGUGGGAGCCUGCCUGGAUGACCCCAGCCAGUUUGCCAUUGUCACCCAGUACAUCUCCGGGGGAUCUCUCUUCUCCCUGCUCCACGAGCAGAAGAGAAUUCUUGAUCUGCAGUCUAAACUAAUCAUUGCUGUAGAUGUGGCCAAAGGCAUGGAGUACCUCCACAAUCUCACACAGCCCAUCAUACAUCGGGAUUUGAACAGUCACAAUAUUCUCCUGUAUGAGGAUGGUCAUGCAGUGGUUGCUGAUUUUGGAGAAUCUCGAUUUCUGCAAUCCCUGGAUGAAGACAACAUGACAAAACAACCUGGGAACCUGCGCUGGAUGGCCCCUGAGGUGUUCACUCAGUGCACAAGGUACACCAUCAAAGCUGAUGUCUUCAGCUACGCUUUGUGCCUCUGGGAGCUGUUAACAGGGGAAAUUCCAUUUGCUCACCUGAAACCAGCGGCAGCGGCGGCUGACAUGGCAUAUCACCAUAUCCGCCCACCCAUCGGCUACUCCAUCCCCAAGCCCAUCUCUGCCUUGCUGAUGAGAGGCUGGAAUGCCUGUCCUGAGGGGAGACCAGAGUUUUCAGAAGUUGUCACAAAGUUAGAGGAGUGUCUGUGCAAUAUUGAGUUAAUGUCUCCAGCCUCCAGCAACAGCAGCGGGUCCCUGUCUCCCUCCUCCUCCUCGGACUGCCUGGUGGCCCGCGGUGGCCCUGGCCGCAGCCACGUGGCCGCCCUGCGCACCCGCUUCGAGCUGGAGUACGCGGUGAACGCGCGGGCGAGCGCUGCCUGGACCCAGGGCACCGGGCAACCCCCUUCUCAGGGCCUGUCUCUGGAUGACAUGAGAAGGAGCUUCCAGUACCCAGCGGUGGAUAAAAACGGGUACGUGUCGGACCCCUUGAGCACCAUGAGGUUCCACUCCUGCGGCGGCAGCGUGGAGGACAGCAGCUGAGGGACCCUGCCCCAGCCCGGCCACCCACCCCACCACACACCCUGAGUGUCCCCCUGACAUCCCUGGACUCAACAGCUUUACUGCUGAUGACAAAUGGCCCUGUCCUGCACUCUGCUUUUGCAUCUCCCUCGGCUGAGCACCCCGUGCCCUGCAGCAGCAACUCUGACCAUUAAAAAAGAGAAUAGAGGCAGGGUAGCAGAAGUUGAACUCUUCCUCUAGCAAUUACAGAGUUAAUCAUUCUAUUA